GAAGAAGCAGCAGCAGAAGACGUUUGAAAUCUAUAGUCCCAUCCUCUCAGGGCUGAACCAUUAUCACGGACCAUCAUGGCUUUGAACUUGGAGAAGCAACUGCUCUUUUAUGGAGCCUAUCACAAUAACCCGGUGAACGUCGCCAUCCACAUCACCUGUGUGCCUGUCCUCCUGUUCACAGGUAUCGCCCUGGCCGCCAACUCCCCGACGCUGUUCCCCGUCCCCGAAGCCAUCCAGUAUGAGAACCUGCCGCCGAAUCUGGGGACCAUCGGCGCCCUGAUCUAUGCGUCGUUCUACGUCUUACUCGAGCCCGUCGCGGGGGCCCUGAUCGCCCCGUUGCUGGUCGGCGGCGCCGCCUUCGCCAACCACCUCCUCCUCACGUACGGGUCGGACAUGAACUACUGGUUUGGCGGCAUCCACGUGGUGACGUGGUUGCUCCAGUUCGUCGGCCACGGCGCCUUUGAGCGCCGUGCGCCUGCGCUGCUGGAUAACCUGGUCCAGGCGCUGCUGCUCGCGCCGCUGUUUGUCUGGAUGGAGAUUCUGUUCUUCUUUGGCUAUCGGCCGGAAUUGAAGGCUCGCUACGAUGAGAGUGUGGAGAAGGCGGUUGCUACGUUCCGGGCGCAGAAGGACAAGCAGAAGGCUGCGAAAUGAUUCUUCAUCGCCUUCUGGUAGGAUGGACGUCUUGUACUGGAUGCAGCGCUCGCACAGUCGCUGUCGUGAUCUUGCCCCGAGUGGGUUUGUAUCUGGGUUGUUGUUGACCUGGGGAGUUAGGUUAGGUAGUUGGAAGCUAUGCUAACUAUCGUUGGGAGAGUCGGAGCUGUGGUUGUUUUUCCAUUCCCAUGUUCAUUUUCUUUCUUUCCCUGUUUUUAUAUUUUGCUUGUUUGCUUGUUUUCUUGUUUUUGCCAUUCGCAGCACCAUGUUUGAAUUGAGCGAUUGAAUAUUGUAAUCAAGAGAUUGGUAUGCCUUGUAUAGUUUAUAGAGACGAGGAUGCACCGGGAUAACCCUGCUGGGCCUACACGUGACGCUGCAGGAAAGGGGUGAGGGGGCGGUUAGGUUAUGUAACCGAAAAGAGGAGUUCCAGGGAGUUGAACGCAUUAGGAUGGAAUUUGAAACCAGUUGUCCCGUGUAGGGUACCAACCAGGUAUCAUG